AUGUCGAUCGAAGCUGCCCUCGCCGAGGCCAAGGCCCUCGUGGCCGCCCUCGAGUCCCACGACGCCAGCAACACAGCCGAGCACUUCAAGCUCCUCAAGCAGGUCGACAAGGUCCGCAGCGCCAUCGAGCAGCCCUACGACACCGGCCUCCGCUGGUUCGAGAACAUGAGCACCGCCGGCGCCCUCUACGUGCUCAUCCGCCUCGGCGCCCUCGAGAAGCUCCCCACCGGCGAGGGCGAGAGCAUCUCCGCCGCCGAGCUGGCCCGCCAGGCCAACGUCGACGAGUCCGUCAUCACCCGCGCCAUGCGCAUCCUCGUCGCCAACGGCAUCGGCGUCGAGACCGCCUCCGACGUCUACGCCAGCAACCCCCUCGCCCAGGUCUUCCAGCCCCUCGCCCUCGGCGCUUUUGUCUGCGUGUGCGUCGACUUCCUCAAGACGUGGGGUGCUUUCCCCGAGUACGCCAAGACUCACCAGCCUGAGGACUUGUUCGACAUCAAGAAGAGCCCCUUUGCUUUUGCUGCUGGCCACGAGGGCAAGACCUACUACGAGGUGCUCGACCUCGAUCCCGAGCAGAGGAACUGGUGGAACCACACCCUCCAGAACAUGGAGAGCAACUUCCCUAUCCUUGACAUGUUCCCCUUCCCCAGCCUGAAGGAGCAAGUCGAGGCCGAUACCGAGCGACCCUUCAUCGUCGACGUCGGUGGUGGUCGUGGUCAGGCCCUCCGCGCCAUCAGGGACCACUGCGGUGGCUCGUACGGCUCCAAGCUCAUUCUCCAGGACCUGCCCAUCCCCGUCAAGAAUGCCCACGUCUACUUUAUGCGCCGCCUGCUCCACGAUUUCUAUAACCCCGUUUGCGUCGAUAUCCUCAAGAACACCGCCUCCGCCAUGGGCCCCGACUCCCGCCUCAUCGUCAGUGACAUGCUCGUCCCCGACCGCGUCGAGGAGCGCACCAUGACCGAGUUCGAAAGCAUCUUUGCCCAGGCCGGUCUUGAGCUCGUCAAGGUGUACGAGUCCGGCCUUGGCAGGACCAUUAUGCUCGAGACCAGCUCCGAACCCAGCCCGGACUUUCGGCUCCGACCUUGCCAGCAAAGUCCUCGCCGCCCGCCAGGGUUCGCAGCCGCCCCCUUCUGUGUCCGACAGGAAGAUCCCGCCCCGACCGAGGAGGAGACCGAGGAACUUUUCAACGCGUUCGCCAAGGCGUUCAUCACCGACAACAACAUUACCGAGGCUUUUACUUAUAUCGCCGAAGACUACAUUAACCACAACCCUCUCGCCCAGAAUGGCUUCAUGAGCGCCUGGAACAUCCUUAGCGGAAUCUGGGGAGGCAUUUCGAAGACUCUGAUCGGCACCGCGUACGAUGCCGACAUGAGCUGGGUCAACUACCAGGCCAGCGGAUUGGGCACCAUCGUUGAUAGGUUCAGGUGGGAGGGAGGCUGCAUCGCCGAGCAUUGGGACCAGGGUGAAAGGAUGCCCGCCGCUACCAGGCAAUAG